AUGCCGUCCAACAAUAGUGUGCCGACCGGACUGGCCCUCCUAAAGGUCGGGGACAAGUCCAAGGUCCUCGGGCUCACAAUCGGGUCCCACGCCGUCGAACCAGGGCUGUAUGUCCCUCGAGCAGAUGCCCAAAAGGCUCCCCAACUACACUUUGACGUCCCCGACCCAAACGGGACUUACCUCGUCAUGGGGCUCGACAUCGACGCCCCCUUUCCUUCGUGUACCGUCCUCGGCCCCAUCCUGCACUGGAUCCAGCCGGGCCUCAAGUCGGAGAAGGGGAGUGGGCCGCCGGGGCUCAAGGCCGUCGGAUCUUCGGUGGUCAGCUACAUUGGCCCGGGGCCGCCUCCCGGCAGCGCGCCGCAUCGGUACUGCUUCUUCCUGUACGAGCAGCCGGCGGGGUUCGACGCCGCGGCGCACGAGGGGGUCAUUGUGGGCAACUGGGCCAGAAUGAGAUUUAGCCUGGAUGACUGGGAGAGAAAAACCCAGCUCGGGCCUAUCCUCGCUGCCAACUACUUUACCAGCAAUUAA